GCGGGUGGGUGGGGAGAGGCUCUCCGGGCCUCCGGACUCCUCCCGUUACUCUCAGACCGAAUCCCCUCAAGGGCAGAGUGGAGCCCCCUUCCCCCCUCUCUUGCAACAAGGACGACUCCCGCCGCGCCUUUGACCAAGCAAGCAGCAGCCGAGCCGCCACCCGGGCAACCCAGUCCACGGAUCGCAGAGCCGGGCAAGGCUAGGGGUGGGGUAGGGGGUGUUUCCAGCCGACCAUGAGGUUAAAGCGAGAGAUUCCCGACUCCUAGACGUGUGUGUGUGUGUGUGUGAGGGGGGCUGGCGAGGUCCCUUCCGCCGUGCCCCCUCCCUCCAUAGAAAUGUGACCUUUGUCAUUCCCAAGGGAGUCUCUGCUCCGUCCCAGGCGUGUUUGGUAGCCAAAGAAAGCCCCCCUCUGCUGUUUCUCCGCUGUCUUCUCUGUGUGGUGAAGGGAAAAGACCAGCCAUGAAGUCAGUUCAAGGUCGGGUGUCCUUCGAAGAGGUGGCUGUGCAUUUCUCCAAGGGGGAGUGGAGCCUGCUGAGCCCAGCCCAGAGAUCCCUGUACAAGGAAGUCAUGCUGGAGAAUUUUGGGAACGUGGCCUCUCUGGGACCAGAGAUUGCCAAACCUGACCUCAUUUCUAGGCUGGAAGGAGAAGAAGAGCCGUUUCUCCUGAUCUCUGAUGACGAGGAGGGGUUGGCAGGAGGCCUGUGGAGGUCACCGAAUGAAACAUCUGAGCAUCCAGUGAUGGAUAAAGGGGACACCUAUUCAGAUCUGAAAGGGGCUAAAUAUUCUGAUACCCUGAGGAAGGAGGAGAGAAAGCAUCCAUCUAAAGGAAGGAGUGAUUCUGGUCUUCUGCAAGGUGAAAAUGCUCAUGAAAUCCCACUACUUGAAAAAAUGGACAUAGAAAGCAAUAGAAAUGAGGACACAGGAAAUGGGGGGAAAUUCUCUGAAAAAUCAAAUGUUAGCAUACAUUGGAAAAUGCAAAACACAAAGAAAAAAUAUAAAUGCCUGGUGUGUGGAAAAAGCUUCAGUCAGAGUGGAAGCUUUAAUUCCCACCAAAGAAUGCACACAGGGGAAAAACCUUAUAAAUGCCAGGACUGCGGAAAAAGCUUCAGUCAGAGUGGAGGCCUUAAUUCCCAUCGAAGAAUACAUACAGGAGAAAAACCUUAUAAAUGCCUGGAGUGUGGAAAAAGCUUCAGUCAGAGUGGAAGCCUUAAAUCCCAUCAAAGAAUGCACACAGGGGAAAAACCUUAUAAAUGCCAGGACUGCGGGAAAAGCUUCAGUCAUAGUGGGGGGCUUAAUUCCCAUCGAAGAAUACACACAGGGGAAACACCUUAUAAAUGCCAGAAGUGCGGGAAAAGCUUCAGUCAUAGUGGGGGGCUUAAUUCCCAUCGAAGAAUACACACAGGGGAAAAACCUUACAAAUGCUUGGAGUGUGGAAAAAGUUUCAAUAGCAAUGGAAAUCUUUAUUCCCAUCAAAGAAUUCACACAGGAGAAAAACCUUAUAAAUGCCUGGAGUGUGGGAAAAGCUUCAGAAAGAGUGGACACCUUAAUUCCCACCAAAGCAUUCACACAGGUGAAAAACCUUACAAAUGCAAGGACUGUGGAAAAAGCUUCAGUUGCAGUGGAGACCGUAAUUCCCAUCAAAAAAUCCACACAAGGGAAAAGCCUUAUGAAUGCCUGGAGUGUGGACAAAGUUUCAGUCAUAGUAGAAAUCUUUAUUCCCAUCAAAGAAUGCACACAGGAGAAAAACCUUAUAAAUGCCAGGACUGCGGGAAAAGCUUCAGUCAGAGAGUACACUUUAAUUCCCAUCAAAGAAUACACACAGGGGAAAAAUCUUAUAAAUGCCUGGAGUGUGGAAAAAGUUUCAGAAGGAGUGAACACCUUAUAUCACAUCAAAGAAUGCACACAGGGGAAAAACCUUAUAAAUGCCAUGACUGCGGGAAAAGCUUUAGUCACAGUGGUGGCCUUAAUUCCCAUCAAAGAAUGCACACCGGGGAAAAACCUUAUAAAUGCCUGGAGUGUGGAAAAACCUUCAGUAUGAGUGGAAAUCUUCAUACCCAUCAAAGAAUUCACACAGGGGAAAAACCUUAUAAAUGCCAGGACUGCGGAAAAAGCUUCAGUCAGAGUGGAAGCCUCAAUUACCAUCGAAGAAUGCACACAGGAGAAAAACCUUAUAAAUGCCUGGAUUGUGGGAAAAGCUUCAGUCGCAGAGACAGCCUUAAUUCCCAUCGAAGAAUGCACGCAGGAGAAAAACCUUAUAAAUGCCAGGACUGUGGAAAAACCUUCAGACACAGUGGAGGCCUUAAUUCCCAUCAAAGAAUACACACAGGGGAAAAACCUUAUAAAUGCCGGGACUGUGGAAAAACCUUCAGACACAGUGGAGGCCUUAAUUCCCAUAAAAGAUUACACACAGGAGAGAAGGGGGAGGAAAGCCCAAAGGUCACAACCGGACUCACCAAGUCCGGGAGGGGCCCCCGAAGGCAACCCCUGGCCGCCGCCUUUCUCUCCGGGCUCCCCCGUGACGCUCAGGCCGAGACCCUCCCCGGAGCAGAAGGGAGCCCCCCUUUCCCCUCCCCUUGCAACGAGGCACCCCACGCCGGCGGCGCCUUUGCCCAGGAGAAGCCGGAGGGGCGCGCAGCAGCCGGGCCGCCCUCUGCCCCCCUCGCCAGUUCCCCGGGCAAGGCUGGUGCCGGUCGACCACCAAAGAAAGACCCCCCCCCCUUGGCUGCUUCUCCGCUGUCUCCUCCGUGUGGUGAAGGGAAAAGACCAGCCAUGCAGCCAGCGCAGGGCCGGGUGUCCUUCGAAGAGGUGGCUGUGCAUUUCUUCAAGGGGGAGUGGAGCCUGCUGAGCCCAGCGCAGAGAGCCCUGUACAAGGAAGUCAUGCUGGAGAAUUUUGGGACUGUGGCCUCUCUGGAACCUGAGGUGGCCAAACCUGACCUCAUUUCCAGGCUGGAAGGAGAAGAAGAGCCCUUUCUCCUGCUCUCUGAUGAUGAGGAGGGGUUGGCAGGAGGCAUGUGGAGGUCAGCGAAUGAAACAUCUGAGCAUCCAGUGCUGGAUAAAGGGGAUACAUAUUCAGAUACAAAAGGGAAGGUUGAAAAUUCUGAUACCCUGCUGAAGGAGGGGAGAAAAUGUCCAUCUAAAGGAAAGAGUAAUUCUGGUCUUCUGCAAGGAGAAAAUGCUCAUGAAAUUCCACUACAUGAAAAAAUGUACAUGGAAGGCAAUAGAAAUGAGGGCACAAGAAGUGGGGAAAAUUUUUCUGAAAAAUCAAACAUUAGCAUGCAUUGGAAAACCCAUAACGCAAAGAAAAAAUAUAAAUGCAUGGAGUGUGGGAAAAGCUUCAAUCAGAGCGGAAGCCUUAAUUCCCAUCAAAGAAUGCACACAGGUGAAAAACCUUAUAAAUGUCUGGAGUGUGGGAAAAGUUUCCAAAAGAGUGGACAUCUUAAUUGCCAUCAAAGAAUGCACACAGUGGAGAAACCUUAUAAAUGCCAGGACUGCGGAAAAAGCUUCAAUCAGAGUGGACAUCUUGAUUCCCAUCAAAGAAUGCAUACAGGGGAAAAACCUUAUAAAUGCCUGGAGUGCGGAAAAAGCUUCAGUCACAGUAAUAGUCUUAAUUCCCAUCGAAGAAUGCAUACAGGGGAAAAACCUUAUAAAUGCCUGGACUGUGGGAAAAGCUUUAGUUGCAGUGGAAAUCUUCAUUCCCAUCGAAGAAUGCAUACAGGGGAAAAACCUUAUGAAUGCCUGGAGUGUGCAAAAAGUUUCAAAACGAGAGGACAUCUUAAUCGGCAUCAAAGAAUUCACACAGGGGAAAAACCUUAUAAAUGCCAGGACUGCGGAAAAAACUUCCGUCACAGUAAUAGUCUUAAUUCCCAUCGAAGAAUACACACAGGGGAAAAACCUUAUGAAUGCCAGGACUGCGGGAAAAGCUUCAGGUGCAAUAAAAGUCUUAAUUUCCAUCGAAUAAUGCACACAGGGGAAAAACCUUAUAAAUGCCAGGACUGCGGGAAAAGCUUCAGAAGCAGUGGAGACAUUAAUUGCCAUCGAAGAAUACACACAGGGGAAAAACCUUAUAAAUGCCUGGAGUGUGGAAAAGGCUUCAGUCAGAGUGGACAUCUUGAUUCCCAUCGAAGAAUACACACAGGGGAAAAACCUUAUACGUGCCUGGAGUGUGGAAAAAGCUUCAGUCACAGUCAUGUCCUUAAUUCUCAUCAAAGAACGCACACAGGGGAAAAACCUUAUAAAUGCCAGGAAUGCGGGAAAUGCUUUAGUUGCAAUGGAAAUCUUCAUUCCCAUCGAAGAAUGCACACAGGAGAAAAACCUUACAAAUGUCAGGACUGCGGGAAAAGCUUCAGUCGCAGUGGAAGGCUUCAUUCCCAUCAAAGAAUACACACGGGAGAAAAACCUUAUAAAUGCCAGGACUGCGGGAAAAGCUUCAGUCGCAGUGAAAUCCUUCAUUCCCAUCGAAGAAUGCACACAAGUUAAAAACCUUAUAAAUUAUAGGAAUGCAGAAAAAGCUUCAGUCACAGUGGAGUCCUGUGGCACCUGCAGUUGACCUUGUUCAGAUGAGUGAAGCUGCUGUGAGGGGACAUAAGGAGAGAGGUGAUCUCGUAGGUAUGCUGGGCCAAGGCUAUGAAGAGCUUUGUAUGGAAUAACCAAGACCUUGACUUGAGCACGACAGUAACUGAUAGGUGGCCAAUGGAGUGACUGUAGGAUGGGAGUGAUGCUCAUGCUCCUGCUCGCUCCUACUAACAGUCUAGCUGCAGCAUUUUGCACCAAUUGGAGCCUCCUAGUUAACUUAGCUGGAAGACCAAUGAAUAGUGCAUUACAAUAGACAAGGUAUGGAUCCAGGUGGCCAUGUCAGCCGUGUCGAGGUAAGAAGCCAUCCUCCAGGCUAGAGUGAGGUUAUAGUAAGCCUUUUUCUGCAGCUGCCUUAAUUUGUUUUUCUAGUAGUAGCGCUGGAUCCAGUGUAACCCCUAGGCUCUUAACCGAGUGUGCCAUGGUCAGACGAACUGCAUCGAAAGCGGGGAGUACCAUGUCUUUCAAGGUCUCUGCUUUCCCAACAAGCAUCACUUCAGUCUUGUCUGGGUCCUGUUUCAAUUUGUUAUUUUUCAGCCAUUUCACUGUAGCAGGGUAUAUAUACAUACACACACACAUAUCUGUACAUACAGAGAGAACCAGUUUGGUGUAGUGGUUAAGAGCACGGGAUUCUAAUCUGGAGAGCCGGGUUUGAUUCCCCACUCCUCCACGAAGCCAGCUGGGUGACCUUGGGCGAGUCACAGCUCUCUGGAGGUCUCUCAGCCCCACCCACCUCACAGGGUGAUUGUUGUGGGGUAAUAAUAACACUUUGUAAACCGCUCUGAGUGGGCAUUAAGUUGUCCUGAAUGGCGGUAUAUAAAUCGAAUGUUAUUAUUAUUAUUACAUACAUACAAAUAUAUUUAUAUACACACACACACAUAUAUAUGUCUACAUCAUAGUCACCUAAUAAUAGUGGGGGAUUUCUUGGAUUUAUUGCUGACGUAUAAUAUUCCAAUGGGCAUACUGGCUAACUUCACUUAGCAUACUUUCAUAUUAUUCAUGCUUGCAUGUUAAUCAAAUAUCUUGACUGUUACAAUAAGCACAUAUUUACACAUGUAGAAUCACAGUAUAUAGGUAUCUGAUUCUGGUUUUAUGCCUACUUGUCCAUGAACAUAUCUUACUCUCUCCUUUUCAUGCAAGGGGGGGGGGGGUUAGGGAUAGAGACCUCCCCCCCCCCCCCCGGAUAGAGACCCUACCUAAAAUGUCUUUGGAAUUUGUGAUUUGGCCCCAAGGGGUGAACGCAGUCUCCCUGUUUGGAUUCUGGCUGUUGGCAAGUUGUAAGGACAUUUGCUAUGGCGCCAGCAAUCGAUUGGGGAGGGAGCUGUCAAAGCAAACCAUUCUCAAUUUUGCCAUGGGAGAAACUCCCUCUACGGUACACAAAGAGGCUUAUGGCUGGCAAGCAACUUUGGUUGUUUUGAGAAUUUCAUCCCCUUGUCCUUGCAGUGUUGAUAUUCCCAAAAAGAACUGAUAUUAAAGGUGCCAGUAGACUGGAAUAUUUUUGGAUACAAUAAAUAAUUAUCAAUGUGUGAAUGGACGGCCCAAACUUAAUGGGCCAAUGGAAUUCUGCCAGCCCAUUGAUGUGUUUAAACCUUUGAUCCAAUAAUGCCUCUUUAUGUUAAUUUUUGUUAAUGAAUCUGGGGAGGUAUAAAACUUUAUGUAACUGCUUUAGGGUUGAAGAAGGGCUACAGCGUCUAUGGGAUAAUUUUGGUCCUGAUCCGAGCAAUAAAUGGAAUGUUGUUUUUAUUCUU